AUGCAGCACGGCACAUCUCUCUUUAAGGCCUCCUCUAAUAACUCCUCUUUGAUAAGCAUGGAUCCCCCUUCCCAGCAUCCGAAAAAUCUUUCUGUGGACCUAAAUCAUUCUUGCUCUGUCUCUCAAACCUCGAAUGUUGAUCGGCCACUACUAUAUGACGUUUCCAACUUCAGCCCCGUCCCCACUUUGAUCCAUGAUUGUCCUAUAAAAGGCGAGCAAGGUGUUUCCUAUGGUUCUUGA